AUGCCACGUCCAGGAAAAUCUUCUUAUUCCGAUGAAAAACCACCUUACUCAUAUAUAGCAUUAACAGCCAUGGCUAUUCAACAAAGCCCAGAGAAAAUGUUACCAUUGAGUGACAUUUACAAAUUUAUCACUGACCAAUUUCCGUAUUAUCGUACAAAUACUCAAAAAUGGCAAAAUUCUCUACGACAUAAUUUAUCAUUCAAUGAUUGUUUUAUUAAAAUUCCACGACGUCUUGAUCGACCUGGCAAAGGCAAUUUUUGGGCAUUACAUAGCAAAUGUAGUGAUAUGUUUGAAAAUGGCAGUUAUUUACGACGACGAAAACGCUUCAAAUUAUUGAAACAACAACAAAUGAAAUUGAACGAAGAUGAAGAUGAAAAUGAAGAAGAAGAAGAAGAAAAAUCGAUGAUAAUUAAAAAACCAAUUAGAAAAACAUCAUUUUUUAUCGAUAAUCUUCUUGGUAAUGAUACAAGUACGAAUACAAGCUCAACAACAACAUCAUCCUGUGAAACAAACAACAGCAGCAGUACAAUGCAACAACUGCCAUUUACAACAGAUUUCGAACUUUUACUUAAAUUGACUCUAUUUAAUGAUGUCAAUGGGCAUCAUCCUCUUUCGCAGCAACUUUAUUGGUAA